CAUUUCAUUCAUUACUCUCAAACGUGAACGCGAUUUGUGGAACAUGUCUGCCUUUUGUGUUGUUUGACGUAAAUAUUGGCAAAUUUCCUAUUGUGUUUGCAUCUGCAUGGUGAUUUUCAGUGAUCUAUCGUUUUAUAAUGAGUGUGUUCAUACAGUGAUCUGUUCAUAUGAGGCUGUUAUACAAAAGUGGACCAAUGGAGUCUCUCAGAAAAUGGUUCUACAAACCAAAGAGGGAUGACGGUUCUCUACUAGCGCAGUUCUUCUUCGCUGAUGACGCGCUUAAUAUGAUAGCUGCUGAGUUGGACUCUUUCGAUGGUCGAAAGGACCCAGAGAGGUGUUCGACACUCGUGAACCAACUACGUCAUGCACAGGAUAGAGUUCUCAACAUUACUAGUCAGAUAAUGGACCAGGUUCUCGGAGAUGAGAGAGUCGCUCGCGGCUUCCGAGUUAAAUUCCCGGAGGACGUGCUGCAGGAUAAUCUGGCUGGGCAGCUUUGGUUUGGGGCUGAGUGCCUGGCAGCUGGGUCGUCUAUAAUGAAUCGGGAGGAAGAAUCAGCCGCUAUGAGACCGUUAGCUAAGGCUUUGACCAGAAGCCUGGAGACCGUGAGGUCUUUGCUCAGAGAACAGUGUCUCCGCCCACGUGGUCUGGCCCUACAAGAUCAUGACGACAUGCUCCACGAGAGUUUGAGGAUAUUUGACAGAUUGUUCGCUGAAUUCGAGCUAUGUUACGUGAGCGCGAUGGUAAAUGUCAAGACUCCACACGAAUUUGAAGCCCAGCAGUUGAUAUGUGUCCUGUUCUCUGAGAGUCUAGGACGAGCUCUCAAACAAAGUCUGCUUACACAGGAACAGGUGGAUUCAUAUGAUCCAGCGCUAAUGUUCGCCGUUCCACGUCUCGCUAUAGUCAGCGGUCUCUUGAUAUAUUCUAGCGGACCUCUCAGUAUAGAUAGACCACCUGAAGAAAUGUCCGACAUGUUCCGUCCCUUUCGCACCCUGCUUCAUAAAAUUCGCUCUCUUCUUUGGACUUUGGAUCGGCGGGAGCUACUUGUGCUUGAGCGAUUGUUAUGUACCAACGAAGACGUGGCCAGUCUCGCCGGGCUUGAUAUACCCGCUGAUGAUUCAACAGCUGAUUCAUGCUAUCCUGAUAUUGGUGAGUUCGUGUCUAAAUUCUACGCGGAUAACGUGCACUGCCGGGAUCUAUACACCCAGAGUUCAAGCGAACAUUUGAUAACAGACGCCGAUUACCUUCCCGACAACAUUGAGGUUAUGACUCCAAUCAUUGAAGGACUAAAACGUCUCACAGAGGAUAUCGAUGAAUCUGAACGAGAAUCCAUCGAUAUCGACAAUAAACUCACGGAUAAGGACAGCACUAGCACUGAUACAUUCCAGUCGACAGAGAGCAAGGAAUUUGAUAAAAUGCGGAAGAUUAGUAGGGCGGAAAGUGAUUUAUCGUCGCUGAGAAAUCUAUCGACGAAUGGUCUCAUGAUGUUCGAUCCAUUGGUUAUAAAUGCGGUGUCAGCAUCGACAUCAGAACGACAAAUCCCGGACCAAGAUUUAGUCACAUCACUAAACGAGCAAGUAACUGAAAUAGCGGAUAGAUUAUCAUCUAUAGUUAGUGAUGUGGAUAUACACGAUCACCAAAUACACUCGUUCUCUACUAACGAUGUGCCAUCCUUGAUAUCGAAUGAGAAUUCUGAGGAUUACGGCUUUAGUGGUCCAAGGAACGAACAGUUGAGUUGUAUGCCAUCCACUAGUCAUGGUUAUUUGAUACCAAACGCUAUAAGUCAGGAGCCCGUAGUACUAGCCUCACUCUCACACAAUAACUCCGCUGUGUUCAACCAGGACGAAAGCACUGAUAUUAACGGCGCAAUACUGAACUCUGAUCUCCCAUUAAUACUGACCGAUAAUAUUGACGCUGAUAUUGUAAAUACUAAUAUAUCAAUAGCAAACGUGAAUCUUAGUUCACUGUUGUUGACGAACGAGGAAUUCAGACAGAAUUUCAUUGGAAACGAAAAUGACGGUGACAAUACAAGCUUCCAUUCAGCAAAAAUGACGAUGGAUAAAGAUGAAAGGGUCAAAUUUAUGCUCGGCUACGACAGCGAUCACGAGUCACCAGCCGAUUCUGGUGUCAGUACUGAAAAUACAAGCCUAGACAGAUCGCCUGACACGGACCAGAAUAAAGAUAUCAAAUCAAACUAUUUCAUGCAACAGAACAGGGUAUUAAAGAGUCCAAUAGACGAGCGGUUACAGAAAGAAAACGUUCUAGAAAGUUCCUUCUCUGAUGUAAGAGACGAUGUUAAUAUAAAUUACGUUGAAGAUGACACACAGAAGAAUGAGGCGUCGUCUAGCGUUAUUGAUAGGUUGAGUGACGACGGCUUGAACGAAGCUACUAAUGUUAAUGUACAGAACUGGACCCCAAAUGAACCGCAAGACGAAAUAAGGACCAUAGAGGAUGUUAUAACAGGCCUUAGAAGACACAGAGAAGCCGAUAAGAAGAAUACGUUAGAGGGAACGAACGAACCGAACUGUUCCACGAGCACCAGGCGGAAAAGGAAAUCGAGCACCAAGAAGAAAAAGAAAAAGAUGUGGUCGCCCGGCAUCGUUAUACUCGAUAACAGAUCAAACCAAAACCAAAGUCCCUUAAAGUUGAACCUGGAUCACUUUGUCGAGAAUACAUCUUGCAGUACGUCCGAGUGCGCUGACGACGAGCAGAUCGCCCUCGCGCUUCAAGCCCAGGAACUAGCAGCAAGAAGACGGGCCAGGGAUAAAUUCAAGUCAUCCGAGGAUCUGAUACAUCGUCUGUUCGUGUGUAUAGCCGGGGUGGCUGAUCAGUUACAGACUAACUUCGCAGCGGAUCUACGUAACAUACUGAAGGCUGUUUUCCUCAUGAACCAGACGGCGGAUGUGCCAGAGAGCAUAGAGUACCAGGCCGGGGAGGAUCAGGUCAUACAAAACGGAAGUUCUUUCGACAGCGUUUAUUCAGCGGAGGAAGUGUACGCGGACAGUAACUCCGACUCUACAUCAGAGCCAUCUAGAGUAGCAAGACGUAACACAGUCAACUCUACCAUGAACGAGCCUAACGUUAGCGAUAGACGUAAAUCAGCGGACACCAUGCAAGCCUCUGUGUCAACUGGAGAUCUGACAUAUAGGGAUGACACGUCUUCGUCGUCAGUCGUGGAGCGGGCGCCCGAGUGGGUCCCUGAUAUAGCGGCGCCGGCCUGUAUGAGAUGCUCCUCACACUUCACAGCCUUCAGGCGUAGACAUCACUGUAGGAACUGUGGUAAAGUAUUCUGUGCUUCGUGCAGUUCGAAUUCAAUACCAUUACCGAGGUUUGGUCAGUUGAAGCCGGUGCGUGUGUGUGAGGAGUGCUACCAGACCAACUGCGGGAGACAGACGAAUCGGUGAAAAUGUCAUUGGAAAAUAUACCUUGUGUCAUACGAAAUAAAGUUAGCUGUUCAAAAUUUAUUUUAACAGAUGUCAUUUUAUUGUGAGAUAUAUAAAAUAGAAAAUUUUUAAACUAUUUUAAUAAAUAAUAGACUUUAUUCCGUUGUAUUAAGGUUUAUUUUCUGAAAUAUUUUAAUCGAUCGCUCACAAUUUCUAACAUAACGUUAUUGUUGAGAAUUUUGUGUGUUAAAUGUUACUGUAUAGUUGAGAAAACAAUAAAAAAUAUAUUUCUUAGUUACUUUUAAUUGAAAAAUGUCUUUUAACUUUAAAAUACGGCAGUGUUGCCAUACACAGUUUUCAAUAUACUGAAUAUUAUUACAUUAAAAAAAAACAUAUAUCCAGUAUUGCCAUGCUAAAACGAGAAAUGUCCCUAAAAUAUAACAUUACCUAUAAUUAAUUUGUGAUAUUUGUAUGUUAUUCCACAACUAACCCGCCCUAGGUGACUAUUAAGUACUGAAAUGUAAAAUUCCAUUUUUGACUGAUGUUAUAAGCGAGUUUUUUUUUGUUUUGUUUUUGAUAGGUAGCUCUCUAUACGCUAGAUGUCGCUACAUUAUUUGAUAUUUUUGUAAAUGGCGUAACUAAUAAAAAUUGACUCAGCUACUAUUAUACAUUCAUGAAACAUUUAGAACAUAAAGUUUAUAUCAGAUGCAAUAUAUUGUAUGCAGAGUUAUAUAUAUAUGUAUAUAUAUAUAUAUGUAUAUAUAUAUAUAUGUAUAUAUAUAUAUAUGUAUAUAUAUAUACAUAUAUAUAUAUAACUUCUUUCAUGUAUAGAUAUGUUUUGUAAUAAAAUUUAAUUAUCCGCAGAACAUUUCAAACUAUAUUAUAAUCUAUGUAUAUUAACGUUAAGGAGUUACGUUCAGAUAGCGUCUAUUUUUUAAGAGUACGUUGAAAUGAUGUUUAUAUAUAUUUUAAAUAAUUAAUCAGCGUUGAUGUAACAGAGGAUUCCAUACUUUUAUAACAUUAGUAUAGUUGUAUGUAUGUAUAGAUAUUUUGUAAAGGUUUAAUUUGUGUUGGCUUUUCCUUUUUGAAUGAUAUUUCUAUGUUUUAUGAGACCACAACGUCUAAGUGAUAUAAUGAUACUGUUAUAUAUUUUAAUCGUGUAAAAUAAAUGUCGGUUUUAUUAUUAGAUAA